CUGCUGCUUCUGUGGUUCGCCGGCUCCGGGGCGCGGCGGGCCGCGGGCGGCCUGCACCUGCUGCCCUGGUCCCGCGGCGAACCGGGCGCCGCCGAGUCCUCCGCCUGCCUGGAGGCGGCCACCCGCGCCUGGCGCGGCCUGCGGGAGCGCGGCGAGGCUGUCCCACUGGGCCCUGGAGUGCCGGCCCUGGUGGCCAACGGCUUCCUGGCACUGGACGUGGCCGCCAACCGGCUGUGGGUGACUCCUGGAGAGCGAGAGCCCGCCGUGGCACCGGACUUCGUGCCCUUCGUGCAGCUGCGACCGCUGAGUGCGCUCUCCGAAGCCGGAGAGUCAGUACUGUUGCUGCGUGAAGGGCUGCUGCGCCGAGUGCGUUGCCUGCAGCUCGGGACCUCAGGCCCCGGCCCUGCAGCCGCCGCCCCCGGACCCGCUUCGGCCUCCGGCCUCGUCACCGGAUCCGGCCGCGACUGCGUGCUGCUGCAAGAGGACUUUCUGGCGCACCGGGGCCGACCCCACGUCUAUCUGCAGCGUAUCCAGCUCAACAAUCCCACGGAGAGGGUGGCCGCGCUGCAGACCGUGGGGCCCACUGCCGGCCCGGUCCCCAGAGCCUUCACCAGUACCCUGGAGAAGGUGGGAGAUCAUCAGUUCCUCCUCUACUCGGGCCGGUCCCCGCCUUUUCCCACGGGGCUGGUGCACCUGGUGGUGGUGGCGGCCAAGAAGCUAGUGAACCGGCUCCAGGUGGCUCCCAAGACACAACUGGACGAGACAGUGUUGUGGGUGGUGCAUGUUUCAGGCCCUAUUAACCCCCAGGUGCUCAAAAACAAAGCAGCCAAGGAGCUCAAGGUGGUCCAGGAUUUGGCACGGAAGGAAAUGCUGGAGCUCUUGGAGAUGCCAGCGGCUGAGCUGCUUCAAGACCACCAGCGCCUCUGGGCUCAGCUCUUCAGCCCAGGUGUGGAGAUGAAGAAGAUCACGGACGCCCACACCCCGUCUGGCCUGACCGUGAACCUGACGCUGUACUACAUGCUCUCCUGCUCACCAGCCCCGCUGCUCAACCCCAGCCUGAGCCACAGGGAGCGCGACCAGAUGGAGUCGACGCUCAACUACGAAGAUCACUGCUUCAGCGGCCACGCCACCAUGCACGCCGAGAACCUGUGGCCGGGCCGGCUGUCGUCCGUCCAGCAGAUCCUGCAGCUCUCUGACCUGUGGAAGCUGACCCUGCAGAAGCGCGGCUGCAAGGGGCUGGUGAAGGUGGGCGCCCCAGGCAUCCUGCAGGGCAUGGUGCUGAGCUUCGGGGGGCUGCAGUUCACCGAGAACCACCUCCAGUUCCAGGCCGACCCCGACGUGCUGCACAACAGCUAUGCCCUGCACGGCAUCCGCUACAAGAACGACCACAUCGACCUAGCCGUGCUCGCGGACCCCGAGGGCAAGCCGUACCUGCACGUGUCCGUGGAGGCCCGCGGCCAGCCCGUCAGGAUCUACGCCUGUGAGGCCGGCUGCCUGGAGGAGCCCGUGGAGCUGACCUCGGCGCCCCAGGGCCACACCUUCCCGGUCAUGGUGACGCAGCCCAUCACGCCGCUGCUCUAUAUCUCCACCGACCUCAUGCACCUGCAGGACCUGCGCCACACGCUGCACCUCAAGGCCAUCUUGGCCCACGACGAGCACAUGGCCCAGCAGGACCCCGGGCUGCCCUUCCUCUUCUGGUUCAGCGUGGCCUCCCUCAUCACCCUCUUCCACCUCUUCCUCUUCAAGCUCAUCUACAACGAGUACUGUGGGCCUGGGGCCAAGCCCCUCUUCAGGAGUAAGGAAGAUCCCAGUGUCUGAGUGAAGUCCCAUCUGCACAAGACACCCAGCACCGAAAGUCCUGCUGCACGAACAGGGGAUCCUUCGAACGCACCCACCCUUUUGUGCCUUUGUUGGGGACGCCAGUGACGCAGAGUGCGUGUGGAUGUUCAGGAGUCUGCAUCGGGGAGCGGGAGGGGAGGGCCGGUGGACUUUUUGUAAGCUUUCGACUCAAUAAAAUGAACCUGUAUGGAAAAUACUUGAAAUC